GUAACCAUGGACGAACAACCUAGUAACAGAGAGAAGGAAAGUCCGAAGGAUGCCAGAGAGGUUAAGUAUAGAGGCGUUCGGAAGCGGCCGUGGGGGAAGUACGCUGCUGAGAUACGCGACUCAGACAGGCAAGGAGCCCGAGUUUGGCUAGGUACUUUUAACACAGCGGAGGAGGCGGCCAGAGCUUAUGACAAGGCAGCAUAUACCAUGAGGGGUCAUUUGGCAAUCCUUAACUUCCCCGAAGAGUACAACAUGCCUAUUAGCUCAUCACAUUUCGCCUCGUCUUCUUCAGGUUCAAUGCAGGGUCAGAGAGAUGAACGUGGAAGACAAGUGUUCGAAUUCGAGUACUUGGAUGACAAGUUGUUGGAAGAACUUCUUGGUUGUGAUAGGAAAGAUCAGUAGGAUUGAGCUCAAAUUCUGCUGAUAUCAGGGCAUUAUACCUUUACAUAUGAUCAAGAAAAAGUAAUCAAGCCUUCAAGCCAGAUUUACCAGUCCUCUUCUUCUUCAUCUGUCGACUACAUAUCAAGUUGCUUUCUGACUUUAGUUCGAAGGCAGACCUAACAAACACUACUAUCCACUAAGGAUAAGGGCAUUUCAUUUUCUUUUUAUCUUUUUCUAGGGAUCCAUUUUCAUGGUUUUGGUAACUACAAAAGCCUCCCUAGAACUUUUACUCUUUUGCAAUCUUAUUAACGCAUGUCUGCCAAAGGGUCAGUAAGAGUUUUAAAUGUAAUUUGGCUAAGGUUAUUUAUAUAAAGAAACUUACAUUAUACUUCCUUUAA